AUGGACUCUUCUUCUUUGAAAGUGCUUGCUGGUGAUCGUAUAAGCCCAACCAUAGCUUUGAAAAGAUGUAUUGAUGAAGAGAUUGCCAAGUUAACAUCUGAUGAGUCAAGCGCCAUAGACGCUCGCCUCUUUGUUCCUUGUUACAGCAAUAAACAAGAAUAUGUCUUGGGUCCCAUCUUUCGAGAGGCUCCUGCCCAACUUCCAGCUUUAUACCCUCCUUGUUCAGUCACUCCAGAAACAUCCUCCAUGCUGCUCUCUGGUACUUCAUCCUUCGAAUGGCAUGAAGCAAAGUUCAUCCGAAAAAUUGUUAGAGAGGUUUUAUGUAAACUGAAAUAUGCAAUCCUAAAUGUUGCUGUGCACCCAGUUGGAAUAGAUUCUCGUGUUGAACACAUAAAUUUGAUGUUAAGCAUUGGAUCAGAUGAUAUUCGCAUGAUUGGAAUAUAUGGCUUGGGUGGAAUAGGCAAAACAACCCUUGCAAAAGUUGUGUAUAACCAUAUUUUCCUCCAAUUUGAAGGGAGUUGUUUUCUUGCAAAUGUUAGUGAAUUUGCAGGACAAUUCAAUGGCCUAGUUCAAUUGCAAGAACAACUUCUUUUUGAAUUAUUAGGGAUAAAGAAUCUAAAAAUUGGUAGUGUUGACAGAGGAAUGAACUUGAUAAAAGAAAGGCUCCAUUCUAAAAGGGUUCUCAUUGUUCUUGAUGAUUUGGAUCAAUUAAAUCAGUUAAAUUCCUUGGCAGGAAAUCGUGAUUGGUUUGGUCCACAAAGUAGAAUCAUCAUAACAACUAGAGAUCAGCACUUGUUGAAGGAACUGAAAGUUCAUGAAAGAUAUAUGGCUGAGGAAUUAAAUCACACAGAGUCUCUGCAGCUUUUCAGUUGGCAUGCUUUCAGAAAAACCAAUCCAUUAGAAAAUUAUACAGAUAUUGCAAAUGAUAUAGUACGUUAUGCUGGAGGACUUCCACUAGCUCUUGAAGUUUUGGGUUCUUAUUUGUCUGGAAGAAACAUGAUAGAAUGGAUAAGUGCACUUGAUAAAUUGCAACAAAUUCCUCAUAACGAAAUUCAGAAAAAACUUAGGAUAAGUUUUGAUUCACUAGAUGAUGACAAAAUGAAGGGUAUCUUCCUUGAUAUUGCAUGCUUUUUCAUUGGAACAAACAAAGACUAUGUCAUUACUAUACUUAAUGGCUGCGGUUUCUGUGCCGAAAUUGAAAUUAGUGUUUUGAUUAGUAGAUGUUUACUGAGAAUUAAUGAAGAAAAUGAGCUGACAAAUCCAUAG